GGGUAACGAAACGUCAUAACAAAAAUAACGUGCGUGCGAUUUCGGUCCGAGUUACAUGUGUGUCGCUGGAAAUUUAGGAUAUUUUGCUCGAUUUUCGAUUCCGUUCCCGUCCAAAAGUGGACACUAACGAUGGCCGGGCUGGAACUAAUUGUCGGCACUUACGAGGAGUACACCGUGGGCUUGAAAGUGGAACCACUGAAGACGGAUUCCAAACGGUUAUACCUGAAGGAAAUCUUCUCCACCCACAAUCACACGGCCUCGGUACGGGUACUGGCCACUCACGGUAAACUGCUGGCAUCCGGCGGAUCGGACGACCGGAUCUGCAUCUUCGAUCUUGAGUCGGGACUACUCAAGGAUGAAAUGCUGCACCACAACGGGACCGUCAGUUGCUUGGCUUUCUCCCCGAAGGGAGAUUAUCUAUUCAGCGGAAGCUUCGACGGUAAACUGUCGGCCAUCAACACGAAGCGGCUGGCCAUCGACAAGAACUGGGUAAACGCCCACAAGGGAUCCGUGCUAAGCAUCGACAUUCACCCCAAGGGCAAACUGGCAAUCACCCUGGGCUCGGACAAGGUCGUCAAGACGUGGGAUCUGGUAACCGGAAGGACCAUCAGCGCCCGAGGACUCGGCAACACACCCAAGUACCAUGCACUCUCCCUGGUCAAGUGGAGCCCGGACGGGGACAGUUUCGUCCUGAUGGACGACCGCUCGGUGGAUGUCAUUUCGAUGGUCGAAACCCGUUCCUCCCGGACGGUCAAAUGUCCCAGCAAACCGGUUAGCCUCUGUUGGAUCUCCGACACUGAGCUAGCGGUCGGAUUGGAUGACGGUCAUCUGAUGAUGUUCAGUGUGGAUGACGAUAGCGAACCGGAAAAGAUUCCAAUCUACGAAUCGCGCGUCAAAGCAAUGGACUACGUCGGGGACCAUCUGGCCACGGUGUCCAGCGCAGGCGACGUCAGCCUAUGGAAAAUCGACGACAAAGAUUUCCGCGAAAUUUGCACAACAAACAUCGGAUGCCGGCCCACCUGUAUGGUGGUCACCGAAGCCGACAAACUGGGACUGCACAAGUACCUUCAGCUGCCGGAGGACAACAAAGAUGAACUGCGUCAGAAGCUGAAGAAAAUCCAAACAAUCGGAAAGGUCAUCAUCGAAACCGAUGACCCCGUUCAGGAGGCCAGCGAGCAGCAGAGUUCCAAGAAAUCGAAGAAGAACAAGCGGUCGUUCCCGAAAGAAUCGGACAAGACCUCUUUCCAGUCGAAGAAACAGAAAAAGCUUCAACCAAGCGAAGACAGCAAAGCUUUCAAAUCGCCAUCACACAAGAAACCCAAAAAAGCUUCAAACAUGAGCGGCGUUUGGACCGAGGAGGACGUGACCGAGGAUAAGCAAGUAGUUUCCAAGAAAGCGAAGAAGCAGGGUUUGAAUAAGACCAUCAGCGAGGGUAAUCAACGACUUGGGAAGAAGAAAGGUAAGAACGAUAGACGAACCUCGAUCUAACGGGUAAAGUUGCACAGUUGUACAAUUUUGAGCAAUUAAAAAGUGUAAAAUGUUUAA